UAUCAUUUGAAAUAGAUCUGGAUUAAUCUCUACGUUUUAUUUACAGUUCUUGUGUAGGAGAUUAUUACGGGAUGUCGUCUUUCAGCCAAACUCCCCUUUCAGAGUAUAGGCUAAAGGUCAACAUCCUAACACUACCAAUAACUUCAUGUGAUCAACUACAUGCUGUAACACUGGGAGUUAUGCAGGGAAAGGCAAAGGAAAAGAAGCCAUGGAAAGAGGGAGGAAAGAAGAGGAAACACCCCGGUGAAGAUGGGGAUGGAGGACAGAGGAAGAAGAGCUUGGGUGAAGAAGGAGACAAGGGACGGGGAGACGGUGGCAAGAAACGCCUGGAUGCUCUGAGUGUGGGGUACUUUCGUAGAGUUGGGGAAAGACUAAAUGAAGGCUUUGAAGAGGAUGAAGAGAGAGAGAUGUUUGUUGAGAAUGUCCUCACUGAAGUUAAAGGUAAAGCGACUCUGGUGGCCAUGGACCGGACAGGAAGCAUCACACUGCAGCGGUUGCUCCCGCUGUCCAGUCCCGACCAGGUGGGGGAGGUGCUGACUGAACUGGGCGGAGAAUCGGGCUCAGAGUUUAAGGCAGUUUCUUGUGACCGCUGCGGUGGACAUGUGGUGGAAAGUGCAAUCAGACAGAUGUCGAGGUGCACAGAACCUGCACAGAAGGAAUCCACCACAGAAGAAGAAGAAGAAGAGGAGACCUGUGGAGUACUGGAGGCUCAGGUGUUGGCGUUGAGUCAGGUGGUCAGGGACAACGGCACGGAGUUUAUUAAACACGUGCACGGCUCACAUGUGGUCCGAACACUUCUUCAUGUACUGGCAGGUUGUCUGGGACCCCCUCGCUCUGAAGCUCGACCAGGUCAGAAAGAGCGCAACGCUGCUACUCAGCUGACAGACUUUGAGAUUCCCACCUCAUUUUGGUACGAGCUGAAAAACCUCACUGAGACCUUGAUGGAAAACGUUAAUUUAAGUGUGACAGAUGCUGUUGCCAGUGCUGUGUUUCAGACCAUGCUGACAGUGUGUCACAGAAAACGGCCCAAGCUCUGCAAACAGCUCCUCAAACACAUCAUGGACUACCUGACGAGUCGCAGCGCCGCUCCAGGAGUCAGUCCCCUCCUGGUGUUCCUGAAGGACCAGGCCUCCAGUCACCUCAUCGAAACAAUCAUACAGCUUUCCCAUAAGGCCCUUCUCCGCAACAUCUAUAAAAACCACCUCAAGGGUCAGCUGGUGGACUUAGCCAUCCAUCCAAUCGCCAACUUCCCCAUACAGAGAUUAACUGCAGCCUCAGCCAGAUACAAGAUGUUCCUAAGGUUGUUUGACGAGCUUGUCCAGGGCGUAGAGGCCAUCCUGGCUGCUGGUCACAUGGGCGUCAUCAUCCAACUGGCAGAAAGCUGCGCAGAAAGUGAAGAGAAACAGGAAGAGCUGAUGCGGUGUCUUCUCAAUGCAUUCCAUUGCGCCGAGCCAGGUUCUCGACACGUCACCUGCCUCCCUCUCUUCAUGUCUCUGCUGACCUAUGAGGUGUACUACCACUCAGAAACAGCAGAGGGCGGCAUACACACAGAGAUCCCGCUAUCCUCCAUCUGUUACCACGGCUCCCGACUGGUCCAGGCACUGGCCAAGUUUAAAGAACGCUCCAUCCUGUUGAGCAGCCUUCGCACUCUGACCCCCGCUGACCUCCUGACGCUGGCCUCUGACCCGGCAGGCAGCCAUGUCCUUCAGGCCCUCAUCACCACCUCCAGUGACAAAGGAAGGGGCAAAAUCCUCAAGAGACUAGAGGGGCAGUUUGUCCAAAUGGCGUGCUCCAGGUUGGGUAGUCGAGUCCUAGAGGCCAUCUGGAACAGCGCUUCAGUCAAUCAGAGGCAAAGCAUUUCACAAGAAUUAGCGCCACAUGAGAACCAGCUGAGGUCUGAUCAGUUUGCUCGCCACGUAUGGGCCAAAUUCGCCCUCUCCCACUUUGUACAUAGGCGAGCCCACUGGUUAGAAAUCCAAACUGGAGAAUCUAAGAAGAGGAAGCUUUUCAGCGACAUUCUUGAUUGAGAAUAUUCAUAUUUGUAUCAUCUUUUAUUUUUUUCUACGUGUUGAAUGAAAAGAAAAACCCGAA